GAGGGCUGGGCUCAACCGCGGCGGACAGGGCGCCGCCCGCACCGCCCCGGCUGCGCCACCGCUCCGGACUGUGCCGGCGCAGGAGGCCGCCCUCCUCGGCGCCCCCAGGUGGGGCAGGUCGAGCCCGGUGCGCUAUCCCUUUAAGCCCGGGCGAGAUGGGAGCUGUCAGCGACAGCCGAGGCUAGCGCGGGACGUAGCCGCCCGCCAGGCCGCAGCGAGGAGCGAGGAGCAAGCGGAGAGCCGAGGGGGCGGUGGGGCCCGGGCUCGGCGGGUCCCCUCGCCGCCCACAGUGCGUCCGCACCUCGGGCCCGGCGAGUGGCGGGCGGCACCCCAUGUAAUGCGGAGAAUGUGAGGGCAGCGCAGGGCGGUGGGGAGGAGGCGCGGGAGAGGGCGUCGGCAAGAUAGAGAGGCAGCCGGAGAGACUGAGGACAGGGAUCGGGGCGGCUGUAGGUGGGAGAAAGGAGAGAAGAUAAAAGGAUAGGCAGUGACAGAAAAGGGGGAAAGAAAGGAGCGGGAGAGCACGCGGCUGCAGGCGGCGGAGCAGGCGAGGAGGAGGGAGCCAGCGCCUCUGGGUGGGAGCGCCGGAAGCCGGAGUCGGGCUCCCCGGCCGGGGGUCAGGCUUAGAGCACGGCCGCGGCCCGGCAGGGCAGGGUGAAGGAGCAGGGACGCCCGAGGGGGCCCCUCUGGGAGCACCGGAGGACCUAAGGCGGGGCCAGCCCGGUAGGACCGCAGGGCCACUCCUCAGGCCCCGCUCCGGGGGCUCCGGCAGGCCGGGGCCAGGGGCCUUUGUGAGCGCCCCAGGAGGGCGAGAGUCGGGAGUGCGGAGCCGGGUGUGCGGUGGCGGGGGGGUGUGCGCGCCCGGGUGUGCGCGUGUGUGCGCGAGUGUGAGCGCCCAGGAGGGUGGGAGCGCGCGUUAGGGAUUCUGCUGGCAUCGCAGAGUGGAGAGCAGGAGGCAGGAGCGGGGCGCGCGGGGGAGCGCGGGGCCCUCCCGUGCACACGCACACACACCGCGCGCGCUCACACACACAUACACAUACACACACACGCACACGCCCUCCCUGCCUCGCUCGUUGCCGCGGCCACCAUCUCAGAGCCGAGCCCUGCGGAGCGGGAACCCAAGCCGGAGCGGGAACAGGAGGGAAACGGAGCCGGGGAAUGCGGCCCCGGAGAGGAGCUGCGCGCAGACUGCGCGCCCGGAACGGCCCAGUGCUAUGCUUGGCUCAUGGGAGGUGCCCAGGAAAGCAAGAAUGAACAAGGAAAGAGUGAAUAGUGCAGGAGGAUGCUGAGCCUGGGGGAGGAGAAGGGCAGCCAGGGCACCAACUUUCUUUGAGCUCCUUCUGUGUAGCAAGCUUCCUGCUCCCACAGGCCCUGAGGCUCCUGUGCCCACAGGCAAAGAGAGAGACCGAGUCAAACCAGGCUGAUCCCCCAGCAGCUGCACUCCCCAAACGCCUGCCCGACCUGAGACAGGGAAAGAUCUCCAGAAUCUAUUGUGAGGAACGCGAUUAUACACCAGCAUAGAGACCAUACUCUCUGGCGCGUAACUGCAGGUGUCCCUCUGAAGAGCCCCUGAGCCCGCUCACGCUAACCCCCGAGAGGGACCCCACAGCCAUGUCCUGGCUGCCUUGAGUCUGCCUCCUGCCGGCGUUCCAGGGCUCUGGCCCUGUCCAGCCCCUGCACCCGCCCCCACGCCUGUUCCUCACCUCAGCCUGCGCCGCAGGGACUCCUCAAGCUUCAGGACUCAGCAGGCGCAAUAGCGGUCACGUGCAUGCUGGGACCGAGACGGACAGGCUGCUUCUCCUCCUGCCACUCCUCGGGCCCCCAGAGGACCAUCUGUUUGCCUCCUGGUGCCGUCUAACCCAGGUGAGCGAGAGGAUGCUGGCGGGGGGCGUGAGGAGCAUGCCCAGCCCCCUCCUGGCCUGCUGGCAGCCCAUCCUCCUGCUGGUGCUGGGCUCGGUGCUGUCAGGCUCAGCCACAGGCUGCCCGCCCCGCUGCGAGUGCUCCGCCCAGGACCGCGCAGUGCUCUGCCACCGCAAGCGCUUUGUGGCGGUGCCUGAGGGCAUCCCCACUGAGACCCGCCUGCUGGACCUGGGCAAGAACCGCAUCAAAACGCUCAACCAGGACGAGUUUGCCAGCUUCCCGCACCUGGAGGAGCUGGAGCUCAAUGAGAACAUCGUGAGCGCCGUGGAGCCUGGUGCCUUCAACAACCUCUUCAACCUCCGGACGCUGGGGCUCCGCAGCAACCGCCUGAAGCUCAUCCCCCUGGGCGUCUUCACCGGCCUCAGUAACCUGACCAAGCUGGACAUCAGCGAGAACAAGAUCGUCAUCCUGCUGGACUACAUGUUCCAGGACCUGUACAACCUCAAGUCACUGGAAGUCGGCGACAACGACCUCGUCUACAUCUCCCACCGAGCCUUCAGCGGCCUCAACAGCCUGGAGCAGCUGACGCUGGAGAAAUGCAACCUGACCUCCAUCCCCACCGAGGCACUGUCCCACCUGCACGGUCUCAUUGUCCUGCGGCUCCGGCACCUCAACAUCAAUGCCAUCCGGGACUAUUCCUUCAAGAGGUUGUACCGGCUCAAGGUCUUGGAGAUCUCUCACUGGCCCUACUUGGACACCAUGACUCCCAACUGUCUCUAUGGCCUCAACCUGACGUCCCUGUCUAUCACGCACUGCAACCUGACUGCUGUGCCCUACCUGGCGGUGCGCCACCUGGUCUAUCUCCGCUUCCUCAACCUCUCCUACAACCCCAUCAACACCAUUGAGGGCUCCAUGUUGCAUGAGCUGCUAAGGCUGCAGGAGAUCCAGCUGGUGGGUGGGCAGCUGGCCGUGGUGGAGCCCUACGCCUUCCGUGGCCUCAACUACCUGCGCGUGCUCAAUGUCUCCGGCAACCAGCUGACCACACUGGAGGAGUCGGCCUUCCACUCGGUGGGCAACCUGGAGACGCUCAUCCUGGACUCCAACCCACUGGCCUGCGACUGCCGGCUCCUGUGGGUGUUCCGGCGCCGCUGGCGGCUCAACUUCAACCGGCAGCAGCCCACGUGUGCCACGCCCGAGUUCGUCCAGGGCAAGGAGUUCAAGGACUUCCCUGAUGUGCUCCUGCCCAACUACUUCACCUGCCGCCGUGCCCGCAUCCGGGACCGCAAGGCCCAGCAGGUGUUUGUGGAUGAGGGCCACACAGUGCAGUUCGUGUGCCGGGCAGAUGGCGACCCGCCGCCCGCCAUCCUCUGGCUCUCGCCGCGCAAGCACCUGGUCUCGGCCAAGAGCAACGGGCGGCUCACGGUCUUCCCAGAUGGCACGCUGGAGGUGCGCUACGCCCAGGUACAGGACAACGGCACUUACCUGUGCAUCGCGGCCAACGCGGGCGGCAACGAUUCCAUGCCUGCCCACCUGCACGUGCGCAGCUACUCGCCCGACUGGCCCCAUCAGCCCAACAAGACCUUCGCCUUCAUCUCCAACCAGCCGGGCGAGGGAGAGGCCAACAGCACCCGCGCCACCGUGCCUUUCCCCUUCGACAUCAAGACCCUCAUCAUCGCCACCACCAUGGGCUUUAUCUCUUUCUUGGGCGUCGUCCUCUUCUGUCUGGUGCUGCUGUUUCUCUGGAGCCGGGGCAAGGGCAACACCAAGCACAACAUCGAGAUUGAGUAUGUGCCCCGCAAGUCGGACGCAGGCAUCAGCUCCGCCGACGCACCUCGCAAGUUCAAUAUGAAGAUGAUAUGAGGCCGGGGCGGGGGGCGGGGACCCUGGGGCGUGCCGGGCAGGGGAAGGGACCUGGCCGCCAUCCGCUCGCUCUCCAGUCCUUCCCACCUCCUCCCAGCCCCUCCACACACACUCUUUUUCUCCCUCCCACGCCGUCCCCUGCUGCCCUCGCUGGCCCUCACCGCCUGCCCUCUUUCUACCAGGACCUCAGAAGUCCAGGUCUGGGGACCCCACCUGCACAGGGGCACACGUUGACAGACUGGAGUCGGAAGCUGACACGGCACAGUCAAUAAUUCAAUAAAAAGGUUACGAACUUCCUCUGUAACUUGGGUUUCAGUAAUUAUGGAUUUUUAUGAAAACUUGAAAUAAUAAAAAGAGAAAAAAAAAAACUAUUUCCUAUAGCUAGUCGGAAUGCAAACUUUUGACGUCCUGAUUGCUCCAGGGCCCUCUUCCAACUCAGUUUCUUGUUUUUCUCUUCCUCCUUUCUCUUCUCUUCCCCUGUGGGGAGGGAUCACUCAGGAAAACAGGGAAGGAGGUUCCAGCCCCACUUGCCUGCCCACCCGGCCAGGGCAGUCGCCAGGAGCAGGUUUGGUGGUGGGUCUGGGCCCAGCUCUGGGCUGGCUGUUUGCAGAGAGCGGGUGGAGGGGACAGGGCUGCCCAGUGGGGAUGAGGGCCUGUCUGCUGAGCUGCCAGGCAGCGCUACUGCCAGGGGGCGGGGCCUGGCUCGGGUGUGGCUCAGACUCUGGACAGGGGCUGGGGUCCUCCUGGAGGACAGCACAGUCAGUGGAGAGAGCCAGGGGCCGAGGCCUAACUCUGGUCCCAGCUUUGCUGCUGACUUGCUGUGUGGCCUCGAACAGGUCAUCGAGCCUCUCUGGGCCUCAGUCUCCACAUCUGUAUAAACGGAAACGCUACUCCCCGCCCUGCCUACCUCACAGGGCUGUUGUGAGGAAUUGAUGAGAUGAUGUAUGUGAAACACUUUGUAACCUGUAAAGUGCUGUGCACAUGUGUGGGUGACUGUU